AUGAAAUCAUCAUCACGCUCAGUACUACAAAAUCGAAAUGUGGAAAAUCGACCGAUACCUUCAGAAUACUUCUUGGGAGGCGACUCAAAGAAACAUAGUGAAGACAAUCGGAAGCAACAUACUGCCUCAUCCUCUUCGACAUCUAAUGCUGAUUUGAUCACAAAUCAUCUGGAUGAAACAACAACAGCAACAGCAGCAGCAUCGAAAACACCUCAACGACAAUGGACAAUCAAUGAUUUCGAAAUAGGAGCACCGUUAGGUCGCGGACGUUUUGGUCAUGUUUAUUGUGUUCGUGAAAAGAAGAGCAAAUACAUUGUUGCACUGAAAGCGAUCAUCAAAGAUCAGAUAUCGACUCCUCGCUUAGCCAAACAAUUGAUAAGUGAAAUAUCCAUACAGAGUCGUUUGAAACAUCCGAAUAUUCUGCGUUUGUAUGGAUUUUUUCACGAUGAACAACGAAUUUUCCUACUUCUGGAAUAUGCACCCGGUGGAGAAUUAUAUCGACGUAUGCAAAAAGAAAAAAUUCUCAAAGAAACCGAAGCUGCUGGUUAUGUCUAUCAACUUUGCAAUGCAUUGUCCUAUCUCCAUUCGAAGCAAAUUAUUCAUCGUGACAUCAAACCGGAAAAUAUUCUCAUUGGCAUUUAUGGCAUUCUCAAAUUAGCUGAUUUCGGUUGGUCAGCAGAGAGCACUGAAGCAAACAAACGAACAACUCUGUGCGGUACACUGGAUUAUUUAGCACCGGAAAUGCUCAAUGGACAUGGCUAUGACGAAAAAAUCGAUCUUUGGUGUUUAGGUGUAUUCACCUAUGAAAUGAUCGUAGGCAAACCUCCAUUCGAUAGCCCUACGCAACAAGAUACUAUUCGUCUGAUACGAACGAUUGAUUUGUCAUUUCCACCGAACAUAUCUCAACAUGCUCGCGAUCUUAUUAGUCAAUUGAUUCGUCGUAAUCCUCAAGAUCGCAUGCCAUUAAACGAAGUAAUUCAACAUCAAUGGAUUGUCACAAAUGCAAAUAUCAAAGCCAUUGAUGAGAAUUACGAGAAAAUUAACAGAUCAACUUCGAUUAAUCAUAAAGAUGACAAAGACAGUGCAUACAGCUUUAUGAUCUUUUUUCUCAUCUUCUUCAUUCAAAUCGUCAUAACCAUCUUACAAUUCUUUGGUGUUGCUAAUCUCGGAUGCGGUUUUAUAUUAAUGGUGAAACUAUUCUCAUCCGGUGGAAGUAAAAUCAUCGUCGGUAUUAUUGUGAUGAUUGUGACACUAAGCUUUGGAAUCGUUGCUGCUGCUGAUGGUUUAUUAUUAAUUAAGAUAAAUCCGACGAAUAUGGGUUUUUGA